AUGGCGCUCUUCUCCAGGGUCAGCGAGCAAUAUGGCGAGCUGGUUAACUUCAUCAUCCGUCCCCCGCGAGAUGACGGCUACACAGAGCGCGACCUCGGACCGCCCACCUUUGCGCUCGCACGGAAGGUGUUCAAACGCACAGACCUGGAGCUCAUCAACAGGCGAAAUCAGCGCCUGCAGUGCAGCCACUACGAGCCGACUGACAAGUAUCGCGUGCAAGAAAAGCUCCCGUGCGUGGUGUACCUCCACGGCAAUUGCUCGUCGCGUGUUGAGGCGCUGGGAACGCUGCCGGUGUUGCUGCCGCAGGACAUCACGGUCUUCGCGUUCGACUUUUCUGGGAGCGGCAAGUCAGAGGGAAACUAUGUCUCGCUGGGUUGGUGGGAGCGCGAGGACUUGGACGUUGUGAUUGAGCACUUGCGGGCGACUGGCCGUGUCUCGACUAUCGGCCUGUGGGGCCGUUCCAUGGGCGCGGUGACGGCUCUCUUGCAUGCAGACCGCGACCCGUCCAUCGGAGGAAUGGUGCUCGACUCGCCGUUCUCGUCGCUGCGUCGGCUGGCGGAGGAGCUUGCAAGUGUCGUCGUGGCGUGGAAGCUGCCCCGUUUCGUUCUGAACUCGCUUCUCGGCAUGGUCCGCACAACUAUCAUCAACAAGGCGUCGUUCGACAUUAACAACCUCGCGCCGAUUGAUCACGUCGGUCACACCUUUAUCCCAGCGCUAUUUAUCGUUGCGAACGAAGACACAUUUAUUCUGCCUUCUCAUGGCGAGGAGCUUUACUCCAAGUACGCGGGCGACAGGAACAUUUUGCACGUGGCGGGCGACCACAACAGCGUGCGGCCUCGCUUUCUGAACGACUCGGCGGCGAUUUUUUUCCAUACCUGCCUGACGGUUCAGGCGCUGCGCGCGGCCGGAAAAGAUGGCGAGGACCGGUCCAUCAAAUGCGUCUCGCUUUCUCCCUUCUCGCUCUUCCCCGUGGACUCGAGUCACGGGCGCGGCAGACGAGGCGACGACACGGCCGCCGACCGCAGGCGGGAGCGCGGCGGCAGAACGCGCCGAGACAGUCCGCGCCACGACGAGUUCACGGACGCCGGCGGCAGGCAAACCUCCCUCCGGUCCACAGAGAGCGACUCCGUCCUCACAGAGUUCGAAAGAGGCGGUGGAGUCGACAGUCGUCGGACCUCCGCGACGCACCGAAACCGCUCGGCGCCGACGGACCGAGCCCCCUCUGAGAAGGGCUUUUGUGAGGUCUCGCUGCUCUCUCAGGACUCGUCGCUGUCGUCGCUGGGAGCCGGGCGCCUCCGGUCCCGACAGACGUCUCUGUCUCCGCGGCGCGCGCGGGACGAUGGCCGAAGCUUUCCGCUCGGAAGAAGCGGCGAGGAGUGCGGGUCCUCGGCCUCGUCCUCCGCGGCGCCUUGGUCGUGCUCCCGCGGGCGCUCCGGCCGGUCUGGCUCGCUCUUUCCGGUUCCGCGGAGUCUGUGGCAUCGGCACUCCAGCAGCAGCUCGACCCAGCUCUCGGAGCAGGGCAGGGAAAAGAAGGAGCUCAAGUCGAGCAAGAACGCCGUCCGCAGCGUCGCCAGCGCCUUCCGCUGGGUGCGCAGCCACGAAGACCCCGAGGCCCGCGGCGACGCAAGCGGCGAGCGGCGCACGGGGGAGAAGAAAAAGAAGGGCGUCUUGGGACUCUUUGAGAGCGACAGAAGUGCCAGAGCAAGCCGAGAAAGCGACGCGGAGACGCCAAAGAGAGAGGAUGGACAAGGCGGGCACGACGCAGAUCGCGCAGGGUUGCGCCGAGCGCGCGGCGAGGACGCGAGAGAAAGAGACGACCUCCGGGCUAGCACGCAGGACUGCAGCGACUUGCCCGACGGAAGCGAGGCCCCCGAUGCAGACAGGCGCGGCUACGGUCUCCUGAACAAUGGACACGGACUCAACGAGAUGCGGCGACCCGAGGCAGCGUGGGGCUUCUACCCAGACGACCACGGAGCGCUGCGCUUCCUGGCGGCCGGUGGAAAUUUAGAAGACGAAGACGAGAUCGUGCAGCGAGCGGUGGCGCUGUCUCUGGAGGAGUACCUUGCUUCACAGCGGCGGUCGCAGAGCCGCAGCCUGAGCGGCGAGGAGGGGCCGGGGAGCUCCAGCAGCCGCUUCCACGCAUCUCAGUCGUUCAACGAAACGGAGGGAGAUAGGUCCCUCUCUCGGCCGUCGUCGACGGGCUUCGGCGGCGAGCGCGCCGCGCGCAAGCCAGACCCGCAGCCCCCACGAGUCGGCCUGCAGAGCGGCGCAGAGGCGGCAGAGGCGGCAGAGGCGGCAGAGGCGGCAGAGGCGGCAGAGGCGGCAGAGGCGGCAGGCGGGUCACAGAGGCACGGCGAGGCCGAUUCGGGGAAGCGGCGCCUGUUUUCGUUCGGGGCGUCGCGCGGGCGAAACCGAGACGACGGGUGGUCUCGCUCAGAGGGGACGCGCGCGCAGGAAGGCGAGGCAGCCGAGCGGAGUGGGGCUGGCAGCGCCCCAGAGAGAGCGAGCGGGCGCGCAGAGGCGGCCGUCCAACGAGGCGAUGGCGCCAGAGCCUCGUCUCCGGUGCGCCUGACGCCGCUGGUGCGGUCUUCCGAGCCGCACACGCAGCCGCCCCUGUCGGCCUCCGCGCCGUCGUCUUCGUCCUCGUCUCCCCCCUGUUCAGCGGCGGGGGGCACGAGCCCCGCGUCGCUGCCGCCGGUGCCCGCCGUAGAGGCCGGUGCGGCCCCCGAGACCGCGACCAGAGCCUCACUUGGGCGCUCGUCGUUCUCCCGCCCCGUCUUCUCUUUUUCCUUCUCGAAGAAAACCGCCUCGCGGGAGAAAACGAACUCCCGCCCUGGCGGCUAG